AUGUCGCCGACUCCACGUUCACUCUAUACACCAUUAUUCGUGCCACUUCUUGCUGUUAUUAUUUUCAUUGAUGUAGAGGUGGUGUUUAUGGAGGAAUCACGUCAAGAGAAGACACAAACUGUGGCGGCAGCGGCGGCGCUGAAUGUUGAUGGGUAUUUGCGCAAUGCGUCGAGGCGGCUCCGCAUCCCCAGCGCACAGGGCGGAAGGGGUACACGGCGCAAGUUGGCAAUGGUGACAGCAGCGAAUGUGGAGAGUUCACACCAGCUCGCAGCAGACGCCAACGCCGCACAAGCCCCCGAUAUGGACGAGGAGUGGGAUGAAGUAGUGUUGCCGAAUGCCGGCGUCGCAACUGUAAAGAAAGACGAAGAAAGGGCAAAAGCGGAAGAGAAGGUUGACUUCCACGCAGUCAAAAAGGAUGUUGUCCCGUCCACUCCAGGUGAUGGCAGCAUCAAGGCAGAGGCGCUACAGGUUGAUGAUGAGGGCAUGGACACUGAUGCGCAACCAUCAAGGGAAGGUACGCGACCUCCGUUGGCUAAUACGCCAAUGCGACACUGGGGUCAUCGAGACCCGGCUUAUGAGAGGAUGCUUGAGCAGCAGCAGCUUAUUGCUGCCCAACGGCGCUCCGAACGUAUUCGACGUGCUGCAGAGGGUAUUUCUCUUUUAGUUUUUGCACUGCAACGUGGCAAAGUGGUCGUGCGUGAGUCUCGUCAUCCGAUGUUGGUGCGGAGGUUAUUGCGGCUCCGGAUUGGUGAAGGGAUUGCCGGGCAAGCGUAUCCCUUAUUGCAUGCAGUGCAACAGGCCAAGGGGUGUUAUCAACGCGCCCUUGAUCCUUCUGCGAAGAGACCCACUUUGGCGCCUUGCUGGGUGACCACAAGCAAGGAUACCGUCAAGAGUCAUACCUCGGAUGCCAUUAUGGCUCUUCUUCGUGGACUCACGUUGGUGUUCACUCUGGAGAAUGACGUUAGCACUGAGGUCUUGUCCAACUGGGCUGCCCCCAUCCAGUUUGAGUACUUUUUUAAACUGUUAGCGCAGAGGCAAGAUCCAUCUCGCGCAUCUACGGCCUUCAAAGUAACGGUUCCACACUCUUUGUAUUUGUGCGCCGCAUUUAUUUCACUUGCCACCGUUACAGGCAUGUCAUGUCGGCUGGUGUUGGCGAUUCAGAAGGGUCGGGUGCGACAGCUUAGCGGUGAUGUUGUCGCCACAGAAACGAGACCAAAAGAGAUGAUGGCACCGUUUCUCUCGUUUACAAAGCGGCAGCGUACCGAGGCAGGUGGCGGGAGCGACAGUGCGUCGCAAAAGUUACCAUCGUCUUGCUUCUGGGUGGAGGUGUGGUGCCCACAGCGUGAGUGCUUUAUCUCUGUCAAUCCAUGCGAAGGCUGCACUACGCUGUGGGGUGCCCCGUACACGUUUUCAGUGGGUGGUGAUGUUGUGGUGGAUGUGACACCGCGUUACUUCACCAGGUACAGCAACGCCUUCUCCCAGCGGUGGGGUCGCUGCGAUCAGUACCGCUUUUUUUGGAAAAACUUGAAAUGGGACGACAACAGGGAGGCCUCCGAAGUUGUUGUUGACACAUUCCGUAAGGAUAUGACGCGUUUGACGCGAGAGCAACUGCAACGGGAGCGCAAGCAACUAAAUUCUCUCACCUACGCCGAGGAGAUACCAAAAACACUCACAGCCCUUCAAAAGCAUCCUCUUUUUGUUCUGGAAAGCGAGCUCGCACGACAUGAAGGGGUGUACCCUAAAGACAAGACCACCAUUGUCGGUAGUGUAAAGGGUCACACUGUGUACAAGCGGUCUGCAAUUGUGAAUUUGCGCAGUCAGGACGGUUGGCUUCGUGCUGGACGCUGUGUACGAAGUGAGGAGGAGGCACCAUACAAGGUAGUGCCGCCACCAGCCUCACGACCCUUUGUAUCGCCCUCUCUCUUCUUUGGUGUAUGGCAGACCAAGCCGUUUGAACCGCUGCCACUCCGUAGCGAUGGAACGCUGCCAUACCAUGGCAAGACUCGCUGGUACGUGCUCCUCGACCGAAAAGCACCGCCAGGUUUGGUGCACAUUCAUCGACCUAAUAUUGCUCGAGUGGCGCGACGUAUGGAGAUUGAGUUUGGGCUUGCUGUUAUGGGUUUCAAGCGACGCCGAAUAAAUGAGCGUCGUUUCUCACAGUGGGAAACAGUUAUUGACGGCAUUGUUGUGAAGGAGGUGGAUGCGGCUAAUCUUUUGCAUGCAUACAACGAGUGGAGGCAGCUUACAGAGGAACAGGAGGCUGCCAAACGGCGGCAACGUGCCAAUCGGUGGUGGUUGCAUUUUGCGCAGCGUAUGUUGUCUAUGCAGCGUGUUCGUGAGCAGUACUUGGAGGGUGCGAUGCAUGGAGCUCUUUCCACGCUAUGA